CGCUUGCUGUUAGCCACUCGACAAGUGAUCCUACUACUCUAUAAUCUUCAAAGAGCCGAAGCCGACAUUCGCCGGUUACGCUUUGUUUACCCUCCUGAAGGCCCCUCAUCUUUCUGCCUAACAACAAAACCACUCAGCACACACAAAACUCGCCAUAUAAUCCGAGUUUCAACCAAGCAAAAUGACACUCUACUACAGUCUGGUCUUUUGUCUUCUCGUACUUGAGAUGGGAGUGUUUAUGGGACUGAUUGUGCCCCUUCCGUUCACUGUCAAGCGCAAACUUUUUACUUUCAUCUCCGAAAGUCCGGUAAUAGCUAAGUUACAAUAUGGAUUGAGGAUAACUUUUAUCUUCAUUCUCAUUCUAUUCAUUGACAGUGUCAACCGGGUUUACCGGGUGCAGCUCGAGGUGUCUGCUUUUUCUAAGGAAGGAGGUAACGUAGGCAGAGGGGCCGCUCUCGGUACCGAUCGCAUGGAAGUUCAAGCUCGCAAGUUCUACUCGCAGCGCAACAUGUACCUUUGCGGAUUCACUCUCUUCCUGUCUCUCAUUCUCAACCGCACCUACACCAUGAUCCUCGAAACUCUCCGCCUUGAAGACCGUGUCAAGCUUCUCGAGGGCAACAAGCAGGCCGGCGGUAAGGACUCGGCUCGUCUUGCGGCGGCUGGCGACAUGGGCGAGAUUGGACGUCUUAAGAAGGAGCUUGAGGAGAAAGAGCGUGAUAUUGAGACCCUGAAAAAGCAGUGCGAAGGACUGACUCGGGAGUACCACAAGCUGGGUGACCAAGUCACGGGCAAGAAGAGCGAUGACUCGGUGGAGAAGAAGGAUCUCUAG